GAUGUCUGUGCCUGAGUCGGUGCUACCAAAAGUACUGUACAGUGUAGUUUUUUAAGAGUUCCUCCCCCCAGAAGCUGCUCCGGGGGGCGGAGUGUUUCCAAAGUGCUGCGCGCCGGCUGAGGCGCUCCGUCGGCGGGCAGAGAUGGCGUGUUUGCUGGAGGCCCCUCUCCGCAUCAGCGUGCUCUCUGAAGUCAGCGCCACUAGUCGUCAUUAUGUUGACCGGCUGUUUGACCCUGACCCACAGAAAGUGCUGCAGGGAGUCAUUGACAUGAAGAAUGCUGUCAUUGGAAACAACAAGCAGAAGGCCAAUCUGAUUGUCCUCGGAGCUGUGCCGAGAUUACUCUACCUGCUCCAGCAGAGCCUGUCCAGUCUGGAGCUCCGGACAGAGUGUGCAGUGGUGCUGGGCAGCUUGGCCAUGGGCACCGAGAACAAUAUUAAGUCCCUGGUGGACUGCCACAUCAUCCCCGCCCUGCUCCAAGGUCUCCUGUGUCAUGACCUGGUCUUCAUUGAAGCUUGUCUUCGAUGUCUCAGAACAGUCUUCAUCAGUCCUGUCACCCCAGUGCAGCUGCUCUACACUGACUCCACUGUGAUUCCCCAUCUAAUGUCACUACUGAGCCGCUCCCAGAGAACCCAGGAAUACAUCACGCAGAUCUUCUCCCACUGUUGUAAGACGCCGGAGCACCAGACGGUUCUCUUCAAUCAUGGGGCCAUCCAGAAUAUUGCCCCUCUGCUCACCUCUUCCUCUUACAAGGUCCGGAUGCAAGCUUUAAAGUGUUUCUCAGUCCUGGCCUAUGAGAACUCUCAGGUCUCCUUGACACUGGUGAACGUGCUGGUGGACAGCGAGCUGCUCUCUCAGGUAUUUGUUAUAAUGAUGCAAAGGGAUCAGCCUGUUGAAAUGCAGCUAACAGCAGCUAAAUGUCUGACAUAUAUGUGUCGAGCAGGCGCCAUCAGAACGGACGACAGCUGCAUUGUCCUAAAAGCCCUGCCGUGUCUGGUGCGGAUGUGCAGUAAAGAGCACCUGCUGGAGGAGCGGGUGGAAGGUGCAGAGACUCUGGCCUAUCUGAUGGAGCCAGAUGUUGAGCUCCAGAGGAUUGCCAGCACCACCGACCACCUUGUGGCCAUGCUGGCCGACUACUUCAAGUACCCCAGCUCUGUGUCUGCAAUCACUGACAUCAAGAGGCUGGACCAUGACCUGAAACACGCCCAUGAACUGAGACAAGCUGCUUUCAAACUUUACGCCUCGCUCGGCUCCAAUGAUGAGGACAUUCGGAAAAAGAUCACAGAGACGGAGAACAUGAUGGACAGGAUAGUCAGUGGCCUAUCGGAAUCCAGCAUUAAAGUCCGCCUAGCAGCUGUCAGGUGUCUUCACAGUCUUUCACGGUCAGUGCAGCAGCUGAGGACCAGUUUUCAUGACCAUGCCGUUUGGAAACCCCUCAUGAAGCUGUUGCAGAAUGCCCCGGAUGAAGUUCUGGUCAUGGCCUCUUCUACACUAUGCAACCUGUUACUGGAGUUCUCACCGAGCAAAGAGCCCAUUCUGGAGUCUGGCGUGAUUGAGCUCCUGUGCAGUCUGACGCAGAGUGAGAGUCCGGCUCUGAGAGUCAACGGGAUCUGGGCCCUGAUGAAUAUGGCAUUCCAGGCGGAUCAGAAGGUAAAGGUGGAGAUUGUUCGCUGUCUGGGUACGGAGCAGCUGUUCCGGCUGCUCUUGGACCCAGACACCAACGUGCUGAUGAAGACACUUGGUUUGCUACGGAACCUACUGUCAACACGUCCGCAUAUCGACCAGAUCAUGAGCUCUCACGGGAAGCAGAUCAUGCAGGCCGUGACCCUCAUCCUGGAGGCGGAGCAUAACAUAGAGGUCAAAGAACAGACACUGUGUAUCUUAGCUAACAUCGCUGAUGGUAACACCGCCAAGGAACUGAUCAUGACCAAUGACGACAUGCUGCAGAAAAUCAAGUACUACAUGGGUCAUACAAAUGUGAAGCUCCAGCUCGCUGCCACCUUCUGUGUCUCCAACCUCAUCUGGAAUGAGGAAGAUGGUUCUCAGGAGCGCCAGGACAAGCUGAGGGAGAUGGGCUUUGUGGACGUUUUGCACAAACUCAGCCAAGCCUCCGACCCCAACCUCAGUGACAGGGCAAAGACCGCGAUGCAGCAGUACCUUGCAUGACCACAGAGGGGAGCCAUCCUCCUUUCUCAACCUACCUAACGGUUGUCAUGAGGACGCCUGUGGUUGGACGUUUCAUGUUGAUUUACCUCCAGGCUCCUUCUGUUGCACAGACACGCCUCGCCCCCUGUACCCCACCCAGAACCACCAGAACCGCCCUCGAUCUCCAGACUCUGGAACUGUGGAUGUUGGAGAAUCAGUCAUUUGGUGGGCAGGGCAAUCAUGUUUUUGCGGGGUGGGUGAAAACAAAUGUGAUUGAGUACAGCAGCUUGACCAGUGCCACCUUGUGGCAGGGAGGCCUUGGUGCAUCUGAACUCUUGUCAGCAGAGACCUGAUCCGGUUUGGCACCGAAGCGGACGUGCGGGAGAACAAUCUUCCCCCUUUAAUUUUAAGGACGUUAAAGACACUUUAAGGCUUCACACGGACACAUUUGGAAAAACACAGAACUCUGGGUGUGCUUUUUGUGGAAACAUACCUCGUACAUAUAUAAAUAUAAAUAUAUAUAUAUAAAUAUACACAUGAAUAUAUUUUUGAAAUGUUUAUUUCCUUGGAUCCUGCCUUUGGACAGAUUUCCUUUGAACUUGGAUUCUUGGCACAGUAUGAAUCUGCUGUGUGAUUGAAAGUUUGACUCCAUGAAAUACUUUGUAAUUUAUGUUUGUUUGUUUGUUUGUUUUUUUGGGGGGGGACUUUGUGUGUGUACUUAACUCCUCCCCUUUUCAAAGUCAUUGAUUCAUAGGAGCAGCAGCUGCAGCUUUUCUGAAAUCUGUGAUCCUGAUGGGAAGAAAUGUCCCGCUCACAGUGCUAACAGAGCUAAAUGCUAACAGGCGUGUUGAUGUCCUCACAGUUUAAUAUGUCCGCAUUACGUCUGUGGGUGUGUCCAAAGUGAGGGGGGCAUCAGCCCACAGUGUUGAUGUUAGGACAGAUGAAGUGUUGGGAUAAAAUCUGGUUUGGCGCUGAAGCCCGGUGGCACAAACUGCGUCCACAGCAGCAGAAUAAACGGCUUCAUCCCGCUGGAA